UAGAGGAAGGAGCUAUGGCAGACCUGCUCCCAGCUAUUAGAUCCCAGGAAUUUACUGAGCAGAAUCUGGCAUUCUAGGAACUGAGUCAUCUAAACCCCUUGAAAGUUAACAUCCCAUUUCUACAAGCUUUUGCCAGCCUUCAAGGGGGAAUCCCCUUUCCCAAGGGUAUCACUAACUGAGAAGGAAGUGUAGUUAGUUUAUUCUGUCCCCUGACCCUCAGCUGACACUGCAAAGAUGCAGAUGGAAUGGAAUGUGACGGUGGUCACUGCCCGUUACCGACGACCCAGCUCCAUGGCGUCGCGGAAGUUCUUCGUGGGGGGCAAUUGGAAGAUGAAUGGAGACAAGAAGAGUCUGGGGGAGCUCAUCACUUCUAUCAACGGGGCCAAGGUGCCCGCCAACACCGAGGUGGUGUGUGGAGCCCCUUCUAUCUACCUAGACUUUGUUCGCCAGAAACUGGACGAGAAAAUUGGCGUAGCGGCUCAGAACUGCUACAAAGUGGCCAAGGGAGCAUUCACCGGCGAGAUCAGCCCUGCCAUGAUUAAGGACUGUGGGGUCACCUGGGUGAUCCUGGGCCACUCUGAAAGGAGACACGUCUUUGGGGAGUCCGAUGAGCUCAUUGGGCAGAAAGUAGCCCACGCUCUGGCAGAAGGUCUAGGAGUGAUUGCCUGUAUUGGUGAGAAGCUGGAUGAAAGAGAAGCUGGAAUCACAGAGAAGGUUGUUUUUGAACAGACCAAGGCCAUUGCAGAUAACGUGAAGGACUGGAGCAAAGUCGUACUAGCCUAUGAGCCGGUCUGGGCUAUUGGGACUGGCAAGACAGCGACACCCCAGCAGGCCCAGGAGGUCCACGAGAAGCUUCGGUCAUGGCUUAAGACCCACGUCUCAGAACCUGUAUCCCAGAGUACCAGGAUCAUUUAUGGAGGCUCUGUGACAGGGGCCAACUGUAAGGAUCUGGCAUCCCAGGGGGAUGUGGAUGGUUUCCUGGUGGGUGGAGCGUCCCUCAAGCCUGAAUUCCUGGACAUCAUUCAAGCCAAAAGCUCCUAGGCCUUGUUGUGGCCCACUCCCUCCCUGCCGAGCGGGGACUGGGCAGAACCAGCCUGGCUCCCCCUCCCCCUCCCAUGUGAUUGUGAUGCUGCCCCCCACGGUCAGUCCAAGCUGCACCUUCCUCAGCCCAGGGCCUCGUGUGCCCCGGCUCUCAGCUCCUUGGCUCUUCUUCUGUGGACCAGGCCUUUCUCCACUUACUGUAAAUUUGAAGGAAGCA